UCUUAUGAUAGGAUAACAUACCUCUUAAUUUUUCUAUGCUGUUCUCCAUUUUUUGAACUUAUCUUUUUGGUAUAAAGUUGCUAACAUGGUCUUCUUGCCAGAUUUGCGGUAAUCCUGAAUCAGUGAAUCUUUUAAGCGAAUGGCUUCGUCUUUGGCACACAAGGGGUUCUCAGAUCACUAGGGGUUGCACUGAUGAAGUAAAUUGUACUCCGCGAGAUGUUGAUUGUGAUUAUCAGCAAAGUGAAUCUGAUGAUGAUGAUGAUGAUGGUGAAGAAAGCUUGAAGAAUGUUCUCUUAGUAACUGGACCAGUUGGGAGUGGGAAAUCUGCUGCCAUCUAUGCUUGUGCCAGAGAUCAAGGAUUUCAGAUUAUUGAGAUCAAUGCAUCAGACUGGCGUAAUGGAGCACUAGUGAAGCAAAAGUUCGGGGAGGCUGUUGAAUCUCAUUGGCUGCAACGCACAGUAGAAAAUGGAACAAGUACAGAAAAUAAAUCCCUAUCAAAGUUCUUCAAGGCCGUUAAUGCUGAUAUGCAAUGCUCCGAUGAUGAAGUAAUUGAACUGAUACACUUACCAGAUGAGGACUUGAGAGAUGUAUAUUCAUCACCUAAGAAAUCAGUCUAUAAGAGAACUGUUAAUUGUCAGAAUGAGGUCAAAACCUUGAUUCUUUUUGAAGAUGUGGAUGCUACGAUUUGUGAAGAUCAUGGUUUUAUUACUACUAUACAACAACUUGCAGUAACUGCCAAAAGGCCCAUGAUAUUGACAAGCAAUAGUGGCAAUCCUGCACUCCCAAAAAGUUUGGACAAGUUGGAGAUAAGUUUUUCUCUCCCAUCACUUGACGAGCUACUUGGACUUUCCAAUAUGAUUUGCACUGCAGAAAGAGCUAAAAUUCAUCCUUACUUGCUUCAAAGAUUUGUCGAUCAUUGUCGAGGAGACAUCCGCAGAACUAUACUGCUACUCCAGUUCUGGUGUCAGGGUCAAACUCUUAGGACAGGGAAUGAACAGCCAACGACAUAUUGGCCAGUUCCAUUUGACCUUGAUGCUGGACAUCACAUAUUACCAAAAAUAAUCCACUGGGGUUGUCCUUCACAGCUCUCUGAGCUUGUGGCAGUGGAGGUUGUUAGGUCUUUGGCUUUGAUGGAAGAAACCAAAAGUGUGAUGGGUCAAAUUAAGGUUGAUGAACUAAACUAUUAUAGCUCCGAAGAUAUGUGUAUGCAGAAAAUUGAACAAGACCCUAUUGAGGUGAAAAAGGCAACGAUGUUAAGCUUGCAGUCACUUGGUGAUGCAGAAUGUACACCAUUUGAGGUUGAUCCAGACCUUUUUGAUAUCUGUUGCUCUCCAGUUGCAUUUGCUCAGAAAAAUAGCCGGAGAAGGGUCAAUACGAUCCUUUCCUCAGAUUCUGAAGAUGAGUUUGCAUGUGGAAGCAUUCCCCUUGCUUCAGCUGGUGAAGUACAUGAGAUGAAAAAUACUUUUCAAUGUCUAUCUACUGAAAUACAUCCUCCCCCAGCCGAGCCAGUCUUUCAAUUCAAAGUCAACAAGUUGGAAGAAAGUUGUUCUCAGCUUCCAGAGAUUGUUGAUAAUUCCCUUGUGGAGGAUACAUGCAGAUUACAUGACAUGUCAUUUAUGCCAGAAUCGACUUUUGUCCCUGAGACGGAGAUUAUCCAGGAAACGGAAUUGUUUUCUACAACAGUAACUUAUGGUAAUUUUUUCAAUGGAGUAGAAUCGAAUUGGACAUUCCCAAACCAAGAUUCAAUACCCUUCCUCGAAACUGCUGCUGGUUCCCAGUUGUCUAAAUCUUUGGAUAUAUUGCAGAGUGACCUGGAAAUGGUAGGGAAUGAUUUUGAUGCUGUUACAGCUUCUGGCUGUCAAGAGGAGGUUGGGGAUUCUCUUUUAAAAUCCGAGUCAGAUGUUCCUAGAGGGUUUCAACUGUUUGAUGAAUGUAGUCGAGUGGAUAUAGUGAGGAAAUUGAAAUCUCUAGACUGUGCAGUAGCUGAUCAGCCAAUUGAUAUUGUGAAAGAAACAUGGAAAAGCCUUCAAAAUCAGUCCAAGGAUUUCAAAAUGUACGUCACUGCAGAAGAGAGAAUGGCCUGUCAAGUUUUAAUAUCUUCACAUGGAAUAAGUAAUUUGAUCUCAGACGCUGAUUUAUUACUUAAAGAUUGCCAGACGUUAUUAUGUGAUUCGCUGUGCUCAUCAAUGAUUCCAAGUGAAAAAACACAUUCCUAUAGUUAUUACGAUAAUCAAUUGGAGAUGUCAUCAACUCUAGCUCAGCAUGGAAUGUGCUACUACGCUAAAGAAAUUGCUUCGUUACAGUCAAUAAUGGGGUGCCAGAACAAUUUGGAUCUGGCCUCAGAGAUGUUGUCGUCUUCAGCAAAUUCAGUUGCAUUAGGCAAACUGGCUAGCCAGGGCAGGAGAAAGGCCUACAGAUCCAGUACAGAAACGACCAAAAGCUCCAAUAUUUUAAAAAGCAGUGAAUCAGACUCAGCCCUUGACGAUAUACUUCAGACUGUAAUUCCCCCAAGAUCAUACCUAGCUGCUAAGGGUUGUGCAUCUCAUGAAUACAUCUCAACAUUGAGCCAGAUUUCAAGAUAUGAAACCUCUCGUUUGUCCAACUGUGUCGACAAUAAUAGAAAGCGAAGAAGAGCUCGUGGCCCUCAGAAUUAUUUGAGCUCUGGUUCGUUAGCAAUGUCACCAGAGGAAAUAUUGUUGCUGGAUCGACGUACUAGCUACGGAAAAGUUCCUUGUCCUCCUGGUGAUGGAAGUCUCAGAUAACAAAUCGUAGGCAAUUUUUUUUGAUUAGUAUGCUGAUUUCUAUGAUUAUUUACUCUUUUCACAAUUAUGCUGUAGCCAUGGCUUGUUGGAGGAGGUUCAUUGAUUUUCUGAACCACAAGAGUGCUAAUUUUAGGUAAAGUUUUUUUGUCUUCUUGAGUUGGAACAUUAGGUAAAGGUGUAGCAUUUUAAAAGGUAUAAAUUUUAUUUUGAUGUAAUUCUUCAAUUCGUGUUCAAUUAAAAAUAAAAGUCAUUUAUUCAA